AUGUCACAACUGCGCAGCAUUCGAGUGGCUCGUUCCAGCGGGCUGCUGCCCCGACUCACAGCAGUCUACCGCACACCGUCGCCGCGGCAUUACAGCGCACUGGGAGCCAAAGUGUACAAUGUGCUGAAAUUGCGGCAGCCGCAGGCCAUUGCCAGCCGCAGCUUCCAGACAUCCUCGCUCUGGCAGAAGAAGAACGACGACAGUGACGACAGCGACAGCAAGAAGAAGAAUAAAUCAGUGGAGGAAGAGCAGGACGACGACAAGGGCCGCCGCCGGCGAUCUGCGCGGCGAACAGAAGGCGUGCCGGCGACUGAGGGCGAGCCGGCGCGGCCAGACCCGCUGACGCAGCUGAAGCGUGCGGGGCAGCAGUCGUUUAUCCCCGACGACUACCCGAAGGUGAUGAUGCUGCCGAUCACGCGGCGGCCGCUGUUUCCGUCGCUGUACAAGUCGAUCCAGGUGCAGGACCCGCAGGUGAUCGGGGCGCUGAAGGAGCUGGUGGAGCGCGGGGAGCCGUAUGUGGCGACAUUCAUGCUCAAGGACGACGAGAAGGACGUGGAUAAGAUUACAAGUAUGGACGAAGUGCACGAGAUUGGCGUGUUCUCGCGUAUCAUGUCGAUUUACGUGUCGCCGAACCCCGAGGACAAGCACCUGACCGUGGCUCUGUAUCCCUGGCGUCGUGUGCGCAUGAAGAAGAUCAUCAAGGCGGUGAGAGUGCGGUGGCCAUCGAGGCAGGUGAGGCGGCGAGUGAGUCAUCGGAGGUUGCUGCCACAAGCAGCGGAGAGACCUCAGAUGCAGGGGAUGCGGGCAAGGUGCUACAGUCGAAUUCAGGAUGACUACGAUUUCACAGCGCUCGAGGUCGAGAACGUCGCCGACGAACCGUACGACGCCAAGGACGCGACAGUGAGCGCGACCAUGUCGGAAAUUGUGUCGGUGCUGCGGGAGAUUACCACAAUGAACCCGAUGUUCCGCGAGCAGAUUCAUCACUUUGCCAGCGCACAGGUGUCCAAGGCGGUGUUUGAGAACCCGUCCAAGCUGGCGGACUUUGCGGCGGCACUGUCCAGCGGCAGCUCCUCGGAGCUGCAGGAUAUUCUGAGUGACCUGAACGUGACAACGCGUCUCGAGAAGGCGCUGGUGGUGCUGAAGAAGGAAUUGAUGAACGCACAGCUGCAGAACAAGAUCAGCAAGGAUGUCGAAGCAAAGAUCUCGAAGCGGCAGCGCGACUUUUACCUAAUGGAGCAGCUCAAGGGCAUCAAGCGCGAGUUGGGGCUGGAGAGCGACGGCAAGGACAAGCUGAUCGAGCAGUUCAAGGCCAAGGCCGAGGGGCUGCAAAUGCCCGAGGAGGUGAAGAAGGUAUUCGACGAGGAGGAGCCGGCAGCCUCAGAGUUCAACGUCACGCGCAACUACCUCGACUGGCUGACACAGAUCCCAUGGGGCAAGCAGUCCAUUGAGGACUACGACCUGCAGCGCGCCAAGGUCGUGCUGGACGAGGACCACUACGGCCUGGAGGAUGUCAAGCAGCGCAUUCUGGAGUUUGUCGCUGUUGGCAAGCUGCGCGGCGCCGUGCAGGGCAAGAUCCUGUGCUUUGUGGGCCCGCCAGGUGUCGGCAAGACAUCCAUUGGCAAGUCCAUUGCGCGGGCGCUUGGCCGCGAGUUCUUCCGCUUCAGCGUGGGUGGGCUCACAGAUGUGGCCGAGAUCAAGGGCCACCGCCGUACGUAUGUCGGCGCCAUGCCCGGCAAGGUUGUGCAGGCGCUGAAGCGCGUGCAGACAGAGAACCCGCUGGUGCUGAUCGAUGAGAUCGACAAGCUGGGCCGAGGGCACCAGGGCGACCCGGCGUCGGCGCUGCUGGAGCUGCUGGAUCCAGAGCAGAACACGGCGUUCCUGGACCACUACAUGGACGUGCCAGAUACGAUCCCUGGACCACUGCUUGACCGCAUGGAGGUCAUCCGCCUGAGCGGGUACCUGGCUGACGAGAAGCGGGCAAUUGCACAAAAGUACCUAGCACCGCAGGCCAAGGAGGCCGCUGGGCUGGAGGGCGCCAAUGUACAGAUCACUGACGAGGCUGUGGACGCGCUGAUCAGGGCGUACUGUCGCGAGAGCGGCGUGCGUAACCUGAAGAAGCACAUCGAGAAGAUUUACCGCAAGGCCGCGCUGAAGGUCGUCGAGAGCGGAGUCGCUGAGCCAGCGCCCGUCGAGGCAGCCAGCGUCGCGCCAGCUGAAGAGAAGCCCGAAGCAGCGGAUGCCGAGGCAGCAAAGGCUGCGCCAGCCGAAGAGAAGCCGCAGCGCAUGGUGGUACCCGAGGCCUACAAGCUGGAUAUCUCAGCCGACAAGCUGAAGGACUACGUCGGCCCGCCGAUCUUUGAGGCCGACCGGCUGUAUCCAACGACGCCGCCGGCGUGCACGGAGUCUGGCGAGUCGGGGCCGCGCGGGCGCCUGCACACGACCGGCCAGCUGGGCGACGUCAUGAAGGAGUCGGCGACGCUUGCAUACACGUAUGUACGUGCGCUGCUGAACCGCAAGCAGCCGGAGAACCGGUUCUUUGACAACAACAUCAUCCACCUGCACGUGCCUGAGGGUGCGACACCCAAGGACGGGCCGAGUGCUGGCGUCACCAUGACCACGGCGCUGCUGUCGCUGGCGCAGGGGAAGCAGGUCAGGGACGAUGUGGCCAUGACCGGCGAGCUGACGCUGACGGGCAGGGUGCUGAAGAUUGGUGGGCUGAAGGAGAAGACGAUUGCGGCUAGACGCGCUGGCGUCAAGCGCAUCCUGUUCCCGAAGGCGAAUUUGGCUGACUGGGAGGAGCUGCCCGAGCAUGUCAAGGUGGGGAUCGAGGGAUGCCCGAUCGAGUGGUACGAGGAGAUCCCGCCGCUGGUCGGUCUGACUGUGUGA